CCCGCAGCGGGGAAGCCGACCGCCUCGCUCAGCGCUGAACCGGAGGCGGCUGCGGGGAGCGGGGACGGGCGGGACCGCGGGUGCUCGCAGCCUCCGCCCGGCCUCGGGGCUCCUCGCCAGCUCUGGGGACGCCUUUAAAGCGUGUCGCAGCCGGCUGAGCUGCGGGGAAGCCGCAGGAGCUGCAGGGAGAGCCGCUUUGUGCGCAGCGCGGCUGCGUGCGGGCGUGGCGGCGCCGCCCGGCGGGCAGGGAGGCUCGGAGGGGCCGGGAGGCUGGGGCCGGCGGGGCUGGGCUCCGCGGAGAGGCACCCCGGGCGCUGGAGCCGUGUCCAUGGAAUAGCCGAGACAGCGCGGGGGACGCUCGACCGCCGCCCGACUUGGCGAAACUGAAGCGAGCCGGCUGCCGCCGCCGACGCUGUGCUAUAGAAGAUGCACUAUUACCGAUAUUCUAAUGUAGAAGUCAGCUGUUGGUACAAAUACCUGCUCUUCAGCUACAACAUUGUCUUCUGGCUAGCGGGAGUGGCCUUCCUUGCAGCUGGUCUGUGGGCAUGGAGUGAAAAGGGUGUGUUGUCUGAUCUGACGAAGGUGACUGGUCUUCAUGGUCUGGACCCAGUGGUGCUUGUCUUAGUGGUGGGAAUUGUGAUGUUUACUUUGGGAUUUGCUGGUUGUGUAGGAGCACUGAGAGAGAACAUCUGCCUUCUGAAGUUUUUCUGUGGAACAAUUAUGUUUAUAUUCCUGCUGGAACUCGCAGUGGCAGUGCUGGCUUUCCUUUUCCAGGACUGGGUGAGGGACAGGGUCAAGGAAUUCUUUGAGAAUAACAUUAAAUCCUACAGAGAUGAUAUUGACCUCCAGAACCUCAUUGAUUCGCUACAGAGAAUCAACCAUUGCUGUGGUGCCCAAGGUCCAGACGACUGGGACUUUAACAUAUACUUUAACUGUAGCAGUGAAAGCAAAAGUCGUGAGAAGUGCGGUGUUCCUUUUUCCUGUUGUAUACCUGAUCCUGCCCAAAAAGUUGUGAAUACGCAGUGCGGCUAUGACAUCAGAAAGAAGAGCAAGAGUCAAUGGGAUGAUCAGAUAUUUGUCAAAGGAUGCAUUGUUGCUCUUGAAGCUUGGUUACCCCGAAAUAUCUACAUUGUUGCAGGUGUCUUCAUAGCUAUCUCCCUGCUCCAGAUUUUUGGGAUUUUCCUAGCCAGGACAUUGAUUUCUGAUAUUGAAGCUGUGAAGGCAGGUAAUGCCUUCUGAAUAUAAAAGCAGACACACGUUGCAAGAAAGUGUGUUUUAGUUAUCAGUUGGACACCACGGUGGAAGAAAUGCGUAGACCACGAAAGACUUUUGUUGUUAAAAGCAUUAUGUGUAUUUUAUUCUGCUCAUGCUCUCUUUGAGAAGCUGGGACAAAAAAAUUUCUGAACACAUGCACACCUGCCUACCUUUUUUUAGUACCAAGGCAACUCAGUGCAUCCACAUCAAUCUCUGUGGAAGAAACAGGAUUUCCCAAGACUUUGGCAGAACAGGUUUUAAAGAUGGUAGCAAGGAGACAUGAAACUGCUGUAAACCCUUUCAUGGAAGGAUUACUGUGAAGACUUGUUUUCACUCCUGACGAUCAUCAAUCUCAAAAUGUAAUCUUUUCAGAGGUGGGGUGACUUCUUCAGGAUCUUGAAAUCGUUUUAAUCUCUACAGUAGACUCAUGAUAUCAUUUUUUGGCAAGAAACCCUGCAACCAUGAUUGUCAUAGUAUUGGAAAUUGGAAACUACAGUCACAAAUUGUCUAGUUGUUUAAUUGAUUUUUCAAUAGUGCGGAAGUAGGGAUAUUUUUUUGACUGGGAAUAACAUAGCUGUCUCAGGAGGAGGAACUUGUGCUCAGCAUCAGAGGUUGAGUAAUCCAUGCCACUCUGAAAAUGCAAGCCUUUUCUCAAGAAGAGAAAUAUCUGGCUAUCUGUAGCAUUGUCAUCUGACAAAAUCUGAGACUAUCCCUAUAUCUUGGGGACCGAGAGUGGGAUGCUACCAGUGAGUAAUUCAGCCAAUAAUUGAAAAGUUUUCAUUGGCCGCGUGUUCUGCUUCACAAGAAACUUGAUGUUAGCUCACUGUUCCCUCUACAAUAGACGUGUCUGUUUGAACAUAUGUCCACUCACACAGUGAAGCAAUUGAGUUGAGCCUUAUCGAUCUGUGACAGGUUAGAACACAUUCUAUAACCAUCUCUUUCCUCUCCCGCUCUUGGUUCCCAAGCUUUAUGGGGUUAGUUUCAGGGGGGUUUAGCAUUGGACCUGAUAAGUUACAAAUCUCCAUUUCAGGUAAUGGGAUGUGGAUCCCUGAUGCCAUUUGCUGUUUGAAAAAAUGUAACAUUGUUCGUUUAUAGAAGUAAAAAUUCUUCAACUCUUAGCUUUUUAUUGAUCAGUAAUAUCUUAAAAUACUGUCUGCAGAAAUGCCAAAAUGUGGAUUGUUUCAGUAAGCAGAAAGCAAGCAAGCUAUGCUACCUGUUGAUGGUUUUUGCCUUUCCUCUAGUUUCUUUCAUAACUGCUAUAUUGAUCUUCAAGUCCUAACUGCUACUAUUGGGACUAAUGAAAAACAUUUCAAUUCAGUAUUGAUCCCUACUGAAAUUCAUUUUUUUAAUGAGGAAGUACACAUUUAAUGGAAGUUCAGAGUUGUUUUUAUUUUUUCUAUCUUCUGUAAAGCUAUUGAAUUACGAGUUCUGCUUGUAUUCUGAUACACAGCUCAAACGCCAGUCGCAUUAU